AUGGAAUCCCCUGCGACGCUGAACGGACAUUUUCAACAAGAAAGCGCGGCUACCCUUGUAGACGCCAAUGGUCGGACUUCAGAGCAAGCGCCCAUUAAGGCUACGUCCGAAGUUGAUUCACCGCCGUUGUCCCCAACCAUCAUCGUAGAAGGGGACCCGUCGGCAAUUCCUCCAGAGCACCCGUAUCGCACAUUGGUACUUUGGCAAGUAGUCUCGUCCCUUGGCUUCGAUGAAGAUAACUCGAAUAUCGUUCAACUUUUUACCCUGCUGAAGAAGGACAAUAGGGAUGUCCAGAUGGUGUACUACCAGGCGGGGAUUGGGACCUAUACGUCUCCCAACAUUGCGACUCCCCUCAUGGCAAAGGUGUCCAAGACUCUCGACGAAAUGGUUGCCUGGAAUUUAGAUAGGCACGUCAUGGACGGAUACGAAUUCUUGAUGCAGAACUAUAAAGCGGGCGAUCGCAUCUGUAUCUUUGGAUUCUCUCGCGGUGCCUAUACCGCCAGAGCACUAGCAGGCAUGAUUCACAAGGUGGGACUACUUCCUGCGUGCAAUCAUCAGCAGGUCCCGUUUGCAUACAAAAUGUUCAAACGGGCGGACGAGACGGGUUGGCAGCAGUCCAAUGCCUUCAAGAAGGCCUUCUCAGUCGACGUGGAUAUCGAAUUCAUCGGCGUUUGGGACACUGUGAAUUCGGUGGGCUUGAUCCCUCGAAGGCUAGCCAGUUCACUACCUCAAACACCGAUUGUUCGCACGUUCCGGCACGCAGUCGCGUUGGAUGAGCGCCGAGCCAAAUUCAAGCCGAACCUCUGGAAUCGCCCAAACCCCAAGGAACAGACGCUCAGCGCGUCUGACCGCAACCGCAAGGCGCACAAAAAGCAUGCUAACUCUACAACCCCGCGCCUGAAAGCCCUUGAAAGGAAAUAUACGAAGGACCAUAGUAGACAAACUGACGUGGAGGAGGUGUGGUUCUCUGGUUGUCAUUGUGACGUCGGUGGCGGGUCGGUUCCUAACGACACGCAGCACUCUCUUGCGCGGAUUCCUUUGCGCUGGAUGAUUCGCGAGUGCUUCAAGACCCACACCGGGAUCAUGUUCGACUGCGAAGGCCUCCAGGCCCUCGGCCUUGAUCCUGGUGCAUUGUAUCCGGAAGUCCUUCCCCGCCCUCCGAUGGCGCCUCCCACUGGCACUUUACGCAUCCAGGACAUCCCUAAACCAAUCUCUGGGACACCCGAUGAAGCUCAUCUGCCUAACUUCGCCGAUGUUGGCGGCUACUCGUCUGCUCUCUAUAAAUCCGAGGAAGACCAUGAUGUGCUCGACCUGCUGUCCCCCGUGUACGACCAGCUGUCUCUUGCCCCGUACUGGUGGCUACUCGAAAUUUUGCCCAUGAAGCAGCGAUACCAGAAGGGGGAUAAUUCGUGGGGGUCGUAUGUAGGCUUCAACUUGGGCGGUGGGAGGUUCAUUCCGAAGCAAAAGAAGCGCGGUGUCAAGAUACACCGAAGUGUGAAGAUGAGAAUGGAGGCGUUGCAUUCGAACGGUACCAAGUAUGUCCCGCGAGCGUCAUUCGAGAAGGCACUAGGAGCUGGAACGGUUCAGUGGGUAGACUAG